AUGUGUGACACGGAAGGGCUCCUCCAGAACAUCAGCGAAAUUGAGUACAGUCACUAUGACAAGAAGACUUGGGAUGGACCAGUGGGUGGCCCAAAUCCCCCGCCCAGCCUCAAAGCUCAGGAUGUGGUGGCCCUGGUCAUCUACGUGGUCGUCUUUGUGGUGGGUGUGCCGGGCAACCUGUUGGUACUGUGGGUGACCGGCUCACAGGUCCGGCGGUCUAUUAACGCCAUCUGGUUCCUCAACCUGGCUGUGGCCGACCUCCUCUCCUGCCUGGCGCUGCCAAUCAUCAUUGCAACCAUCAUGCACGACAGCUGGCUUUUAGGUAGGAUGGCCUGUAGCAUCCUGAUCGUGCCCUUCUACUUCAACCUCUACGCCAGCGUCCUGCUCCUCGCCACCAUCAGCGCCGACCGCUUCCUCCUCGUCUUCCGACCCAUCUGGUGCCAGAAGCACCGCGUGGCCCGGCGGGCCUGGCUGGCCAGUGGCGUGGCCUGGAUGCUGGCUCUGGCGCUCAGCAUCCCGUACUCCGUGUUCAGAGAAUUCUUCGAGGACUUCUUUUCCAAGAAAGCCUUCUGUGGUGUGGCCUUCUGGAUUUACGGUAAUCAGGUCGAGAUUGCUGUCACCAUCACGCUCUUUGUCCUGACUUUCCUGGUCCCCCUGGUCACGAUGAGCGUCUGCUACACUUUACUCCUGCUUCGGACCUGGCGCCGACCGGCCACACGCUCCCUCAAGACCCUCAAGAUGAUGGUGGCCGUGGUGACCAGCUUCUUCGUCUUCUGGCUGCCCUACCAGCUUUCCAACAUCCUUUUGAUCUUUUACCGCAGGCUCUCCACCCCCAACAGGAAGCUAGUCAAUUCCCUGUACGAAAUUGGGAUGGCCCUAGCUUUGGUCAACUGCUGCAUCAACCCCAUUAUCUAUGUGGCCGCUGCCCGGGGCCUCCACAUCCGGGUCUUCAAGUUCUGGCCUGGCCGGCUGCGUCAACUGCUGACCGAAGACUAG